UUUGCUCUCCGACUUUCUUCUUCGAUCGCCUCAGAGAUGUCGGAAACGACGGGAUUUCAGCAGACAUGUUGGAGUCUGGAAGUUGAGCCUACAGAUCUUAGUUCCUCCUCCGUUGAUAAGUUUGAUCCUUGCGCAUUGAAGAAGAAAAAGAAGAAGAAAAAGAAGAAGACGACGACGACGACCGACAAGUCUUUCGGUCGUGAUAAGGAUGGCUUUCCCGACAUCUUGGUCCCGAAAGCGAAGCUUUUGACGUAUACGAAGUUCAAUCACGUGCUGCCGCCUUGUCAAGAUUCUGGAGUGGAUUAUGAAUACAGGGAGCUGUUGAGUAGAGCAUUAUCCAUGCUUCGGGAAAACAAUCUCGAGGUUCCUGAAGAGAAGCGAAGAAGAGUGGUGAUGAUGCCUCCCCAAGUCCUUGCAGAAGGGAUACAUAAUAAUACAGUCUGUGUCAACUUCUCGGAUCUCUGCAGAAUGAUGAACCGGAAGCCAGAUCAUGUGAUGAGUGUCUUGCUGGCUGAGAUUGGGACAGGAGGAUCACUCGACAAACAGCAGCGUCUGGUGAUGAAGGCUAGUGUUUCUCCAAAGGAUUUCAAGGCCAUGUUCCGCAGAUACAUUGAUACGUAUGUUGUAUGCAGCUGUUGUAGAAGUCCUGAUACAGCUCUGGCCGAAGAGAAUCGUCGUUCCGUUCUCAGGUGUGAGAUGAUUCCUGGUUGUUCUUCUGCAGUGUGGCUCAGUAGCACCCAUAAAGAACAGUUGAAGAACUGAACCUUCUGGGCCAUAAACGGACGAGAAAAUGCAGAGUUGCGCCGUAAGAGGUUUAGGACGGUUUCUCCUCUUGAUCCGGAAGACAUGUUCCUUAUGGUCAGGUUUCUACUGGAGGACUGGACAUGGCGGUUGCAUAUGUAAUAUAUAAUUGCAGUGUGGGGUGCAUGAGUUGUAGAAGCUACUGGGCUCGAAACAGUUACUUCCUGUUUCUGCAAUGACAUAGAGAUAGAAAGAAAGAAAGAAGUUGUGCUUCUAGUUUCAUCAGUCUGGUUUCCUAAGACAUGAUUUACUCAAAGGAAUUCUUUCUUGGCUU